AUGCCUCUUGGUGUGCCUCCUCUCCGAUGUAGCAAUCCCUGCGCCGCAGAGCCUGCGAUGAUGGCCUCAUCUACACCUGCUGGAUUGGGUGUCCGAGGGCCCAAAUGGCGCCAAAGGAAGGAAGCUGCGGUGAGUGCGAAAAAAUGGGCUCAAAUGUCAAAUUAUGCCCAGCAUUGUUGGGUAUCACUUGAGUUUGUGGGUACAAUAUUAGCUAAUUUAUAG